ACUCCCUUUUGUCUAGAGUCCAGGGGUUGGCCCCAGAUGGGAAUCCCUGCCUUAGUGAUGGCUUUCACUCCCAUUGGUUCUUUGGCCCUCUGCAGGCUGGAGCAUGGGGAGAAGAUUUCCCCCAAGGUCUCCCUCAUCUGCUGGUGCCCAGUAGCAGCAUGGUGGGAGCCAGUUUUCAUGGUGUUGGGCUUUCUAUGGUCCUGAGCAUCUCCUGCUCCUGUGCGUUCAUGCCUGUUAUAUGUACUGCAGUCAGGAUUGGGGCCCUCCUGUGCUGAUGUGUUCUUGGCCCUAAGGAGUUCACAUUCCACCUCUGUGACGGGCUCCCUGGGGUACAGCUUGGAACUGGGGUACUGCUGUGCCCCCUUAACUCUCCAAAGUGGGCUGUCUCUCACAAUGCUUUGCUAGUGAAAAGAAGCAAACCCCUCCAGGUGCUGUUAUCACUCAGUACUACAGCACGUGCACACCACGCCCAGCUAAAUUGCAUGAAUGUUCCCUGAGCCACUCAUGAAUCACAUGGAGAAAGGCACCAACAAAUCUUCCAAGACCCCAACCUUGCACCCCAGAGCUGUUCCGUCUUGCCUUGGUCAGAAGCCUGACCAAUGUACGUUUAUGAUCCAGUCUGCCCUCCCUCAAUGUGGAGAGGACAGACACUAGCCUUUGUAAACUGUGCUGAGAUUUACCAAGCACUUCAAUUGAAAUACACUGUUUUGGGUAAAAUAUAAAACAGAUUUAUUAACUACAGAGAGAUUUUAAGUGAUUAGAAGUGGUGGCCACAAAAGGUCAGAGACAGUUACCAAAGGCAAUAAAAGAUAAGUGUGCAGUCUAAAUCUUAAACCUGAUUACAUUCGGCAGUAUUUGGAUGAAGCAGUUUUUCUCACCCCACUGGAUGUUGCAGGUAGGUUGUAGUUCUUAAUCCCCUUUAAGCCUGGGACCAGUCUCCUCAGUUCAAGUCUUUGGCCUUGGCUACACUGGCGCUUUACAGCGCUGCAACUUUCUCACUCAGGGGUGUUAACCCCCCACCCCCACCCCGAGUGCAGCAAAUGACAACGCUGUAAGAGCCAGUGUAAACAGUGCCCCAGCACUGGGAGCACGGCUCCCACCCCUGUAAGCUAAUCCCGUCGGGGAGGUGGAGGACCUGCAGCGCUGGGAGAGCUCUCUCCGAGCCCUGGCGCCCGUGACCACACUCGCACGUCAAAGCGCCCCCGUGGCAGCACUGUACAGCUGCCCGUGUAGCCAUACCCUUUGUCUUCCCAGUGUUCUUGUUGCUUCCAGCGUAGGUGGGGGAGGCGAAAGGCCAAAGCAUGAUGCCGCUGUCCCCGUGUGCCUGGAAAACAUCAGCCCAGAACUUCGAUGCCGAGCUCUGCAGCGUGGUCUCGGAUUCGGUCUGGGAGUCGCGGGAGAAGCAGCAGCAGAUUCUGCAGAUGGCGAUUGUGGAGCAUUUGUACCAGCAGGGCAUGCUCAGUGUGGCAGAGGAGCUGUCCCAGGAGUCCACCCUGAAUGUGGACUUGGACUUCAAGCAGCCGUUCUUGGAGCUGAACCGGAUCCUGGAAGCCCUGAAUGAGCAGGACCUGCAUCCUGCUCUGGACUGGGCAAUCUCAAACAGGCAGCGUCUGCUGGAGCUGAACAGCUCCCUGGAAUUCAAGCUGCAUCGUCUCCACUUCAUCCGGCUCCUGGCUGGCGGCCCUGACAAGCAGCUGGAGGCCCUGAGUUAUGCUCGCCACUUCCAGCCCUUUGGCCGCCUGCACCAGCGAGAGAUCCAGGUCAUGAUGGGCAGCCUGGUGUACCUGCCCCUGGGCAUUGAGAACUCCCCGUACUGCCACCUGCUGGAUGCCCAGCACUGGACAGAGAUCUGCGAGACCUUCACCCGUGACGCCUGUGCCCUGCUGGGGCUCUCGGUGGAAUCCCCUCUCAGUGUCAGCUUCGCAUCUGGAUGUGUGGCACUGCCUGUCCUGAUGAACAUCAAGGCAGUGAUUGAGCAGAGACAGUGCACGGGUGUCUGGAGCCAUAAGGAUGAGCUGCCUAUUGAAAUUGAGCUGGGCAUGAAGUGCUGGUACCACUCAGUGUUUGCCUGCCCUAUCCUUCGCCAGCAGACGACCGACUCCAAUCCGCCUAUCAAACUUAUCUGCGGGCACGUCAUCUCCCGGGACGCGCUCAACAAGCUCAUCAAUGGGGGCAAGCUGAAGUGUCCCUACUGCCCCAUGGAGCAGAACCCGGCUGAUGGGAAGCCCAUCGUCUUCUGACGCCGGUGGGGUUGGAAGAGCUGUGGCAAUAGGUCACUGCUCUUUCCCUUAGCCGGCCUGUCCCACCCUCGCCAUGCGAGAGGCGGUGGUGCUGCCCAUGGCAGGGCCUGGACUGCCUUUUAGGCUGAGGGUCUGAGAGCAGCUGUGUCCACGGCAGCCCCACUGGGGUCCCUUCCUUCUGCCAAAGUAGUGCAAGGUCCAGAGCAGGGGGACCCAAGCCUGAGCCACCCUCUGAGAAAUGGAGCUGAAAGGGCAGAGUGGCAGCGUGAGUGCUGGCUGCUGAGCUCUGGGAGGCUGUGCUGCCUCAGUGUGUGCUCUCCUAGUGAUCUGGCUUCUGCUCACUCUGCGCUCCCACUCUCCGGACAGCGUCUGUCUGCUCAGUAAUAGGCAGAGCCCGUCCUGGCCUCGAGCAGGGCUACUGGAGCAUUUCCUAGCCCUCUGCCAGGGCUGUACAGUCCCUUGGGCAUUUACUGAUACUUUUUGCAUUGUAAAUAUUAAAGCGGGAGCUGCCUGGAGCCAUUUUAUAAAUUCCAGAAAAUAAAACCUGUUAGCCUUUC